AUGUUCAAGGAGAAACCAAAUGAGGAAUUUGUUUGUGCCAUUUGCUUUGGUGUUUUCAACAAUCCGGUCGCCGAUGAUUGUGGUCACAUCUAUUGUGCCGAAUGUCUUUUCGAUUGGUUCAAAGUUAAAGAUACUUGUCCAAUUUCAUGUUCUAAGAUUCGAAAAGAAACUAUUCGAAAACCUCCCCUUCCAUUCACCAAUUUGCUUGGUGCUCUGGAAAUCAAAUGUCCCAAAUGUGGUGACAAAUACAUUCAACUUGAUCAAUAUGACGAUGGUUGCCCUGAUUGUUUAACUUCCCGAUUCUCAAGUCGGCCCAGGGCUUCAAAUGCUCAACGACAAUCUCAAUUUGGACAAUCAUCCAAUACUCGAUUUGGACAAUCGUCCAACACUCGAUUUGCUAAUAGUGGAAAUCUAUGGGAAGGUGUUAAAUGGGCUGGUGUCGCUACAGCGGUUGGAGCUGGUCUAUUGGUGCUCAUUUCGAGUAUGAAAAACAAGAACCGUGAUUAG